UUUCAGUUGGACCUUGUGAAUGGCUUUCAUACCAGGAAUAUGCAAACAUAGUUGAUCAUAUCUCAUCGGGAGAAUAAACAAAAAUCAAACACAUUUUGAUUAUUUAAUAAAAGUUGCAUUUAAUGAGUGAAAUGAUUCAGAAACAAGGGAUAUUACAGAGUGAUUUUAACAUUGACACACUGCUGAAGAAUCCGCAAGCUGAAAUGACAGCAAGCCUCACAACCGACUUCCAACACAACGUAGAAUCUGCAUUCAAAGAGCUCAGAAGCCCCGAAAAGGACAACAACACAGUUUGCUCUGCCUUAGGACCAAGUGCUGGGGCCGUGUUUCAUGGCUGUAACUCUACAUCCGCUACCCAAAACGUGUUGAAUCCUAAUUUGUCGGCAACAAACCAUGCGCUACAGCGAGAGUGUAAUAAUGGUGACUUCUGCAGUCAGUGUUUUGACUCACCGGCUUCUCAGAUUCAAGAUAAUUUAUUAAACAGCAUGCGGUCGUAUGAGAUGUCAACACAAUGUAUCUCUAACAUAAACAACCCAACCUCGUGUAAUAUCAUGCGGCCCACGGGUUACUCCAAUCCUCAUGCGCGACAUUGGCCGUUGCUUGACUCUUCGGCGCACCACCCCUCUGGCCAACAGCAGGAGCUUAGAUCUUCGGGAGGAUUAGGAAACAUUGGACUAAAACUACAUAACAGUUUCAUGCAAUUGGACAAUAUUUCUAACCUAAACAUUUCCAACAUACCAACAAUUGCGAGUUUAGCAAACAAUUACUCACCGUUUUCAAACCUAUAUUCGCCGAUGGCGCAAAGUCAACUAGGGAGUUCCUUGAUGACGCCUCGGUUUGACCACGGGGUCCCGGGAACCGCCUUUCCCUGGUCAUCAUCCCGAGGGGCGGGCUUUCUAACCUCUAGGUGUCCGGAUACGGGAUUGUUUAUGACGUCCUACCGGAAGCCGAAGCGCGUUCGGACGGCGUUCUCCCCCACCCAGCUUCUCCGACUGGAGCACGCCUUCGAAAAGAACCAUUACGUGGUUGGACAAGAAAGGAAGGACUUAUCGGCAUCACUGAAUCUGUCUGAAACACAGGUGAAGGUGUGGUUCCAGAACAGACGGACGAAACACAAACGAAUGCAGGUGGAAGAUGAACUCACUGCCUCGUUCAACAGGCAUGGACAACUCCGCUGUAGCACCGGUAGUUCAACACCUAGCCUUGAAGACGUCAUCAUCGACUCGUGACGUCACUUUCACAUCAUAACCUAAUAAUUGAGGCAUAAAAUGGCAUCAACUAAUGACUAUGAAAUGAUAUGAUAUGCAUUAAAAUACAUCGUCCUCUGUUAUUCUUUUCGAGAAAACGCUAAGAAAGUUUUCAGAAUGUAUCCUGUGCAGACGUUUUCUGUACCAGGAAAGCGAGAAAGCAACGGUUGACCAUUGUGGUUUUCUGAUUAGUUUAAACUUUAUUUAUUAUGCAACGAUUGUGAAGAAGGUUAUAUUAACUUAUACUAAGUCACUCUCGUUAUCACGAUAUUGCGCGAGAGUGUGGUCAGGUGCUGUGGGGGAAA